AUGACCUGGUACGGCCAAAUAAGGUUUUUCAUUGCACAUAAACUUGUUCGAAGGCAAGAAAGGGUCGGAAGGGCAACAAAUGAAGAAGGGAAAGAGUCAUUUUAUGCUUUUACAGCUCCCGACCUGGCUGUUUCUGGGGUUCAUGUCCAUCCAAAGCAAGUGCAUGAGCUUCAUACGAUUUUAGAAUACUCUGAACCAUUGAUGGAAUUCAUGGCGUCUCUCCCACCAAAGGAGAGGGUGGUUCUGGUUGGCCAUAGCAUGGCUGGAGUUUCCAUUUCUGUUGCCAAGGAAAGAUUCCCUGAGAAAAUUUCUGUCGCAGUUUUUGCCCUUGCCAGUAUGCCAGGACCUGACCUCAGUCAAUUUCUUUGCGUCAAGAGGUACUUGCUACUCUCUCUUCGCAGACAUGGGCAUUGCAUAGCUACUCUUUCCCUUGGUUAUAUAGCUUCUUUCCAUUUGAAUUUACAACCUACAUCACAGCUGGGUCCUUGGUGA